UGUCAAAUACGAUUUGUAUAUUCUUUAUUAAAAUCAAAUUAUUUUCAUACAUUUUGUUCCCGAAAUUUCUGACCCAAAGUUACUUCCAUGAUGAAUUUGAAUUCCGCAUGGAUUAUUUUUAAGUACUCUUAUAUUACUUACAUAUGCUUUAUGAACAUUAUGAACAUAGCACUCAAGGGACGAUAUACGGUGCAAACGGAAUACAAAACAUUUCUGAUGGUGCCAUACACAAGAGAAACUAUAUUGCUAUAUAGUGAGAGGCGCGACAAUACGAUGGUGCCAAUAAUUGUCACUCUCUUGGGCUGCGUACUUUGGAAUUUUAUCAAUCAUGUGCGUUUGCGAUAUUAUCCGCAACAUGACAUUUUUCAGCGCUUAAUGUUAAGAACUUACUGGCUAUUCAAGUUGCCUGUUCUUUUGAUUUGUGUCAUAGGCAUGAUCACCAUAAUACUGGCCAAUUAUCAGCUCUAUAAAUUAAGAGUUAUACUGACGAAUAAGAACGUCGUAGAUGUCAUAUUGAUUGGCUACAAAAUCAAGUUGUUGUGGCAUAUCUUCUUCUUUUUGGGGGCUAUGAUCAUCUGGAUGGACGAGUACAAAUUGUAUACUCACAUAAUGAAGCCAACAGUUGUGCCCGCUCCCGCGCUUGCGCCCCGAUAAUGCUUAUGUUGAAUUUUUAUUUUUGUAAAGUACUUUUCGAGUUAUGUAGCCCCAUCAAAUUGGUUUCCAGUUACAACAUCCAGCCGAGAGACCAUCAGCAAAAAAUUUGGAAUUAUGGUACAACGUGGCAGGGCCUCUUGAUGAAGUCAGCAAAUAAAUGUAAUGGAUCGGAUUUCUGAAGCUGAUAUUUAAGUGGAGUUCCUCAAAUCGUUUACACAACGCAGGCGCAGACUCGAAUUAGUUGCUUUCUAGACGUUCAUGCUGUCGGUACUUAAACCUUUUAUCAAAUAUUUCUAAAAGUAUUUUACAUAAAUUGCGACUGAUGUGUUUUUUUUGGAUUGUAUGUGGAGGACCGCUUUGAUAGACGAAAGACUAUCGAAUUUCACAAAACCAAGAGUCAAUCAAUUCAAUGAAAUCCUCCGUUGAAUGUGAGUUUUUGUAAACAUUGAUACUGAAUUUGUCUGUGGGAUAUAAAAGCGGUGGACAGAGCUCUAAGUGCAUACAGUUGACAGCUCGACAUGAACGCGUACGAAUCCCAAUCCGAGUCUGAAUCCGAUUCCCACUCCGUUUUGGUAACAAUAAGCUCAGAGCUGAUUAUAAAUGAAAACGAGAAAGAGAAGAACGAGGUCAGUGCUGAGCAGACAUCGGAUAAGACCCAAGACACUCUUUACAUUUUCGAGAAAAUACUUUCACCGCAUAAAAAUAACAAAGAUCACCUUAUUGGGGAGAAGGAAGAAGCUCAAUUAAAGGAAGGUGAAGACCGCAUUGUUGGUCUUGAAAGCUUUCAGUCGCUUUUAAGUAAAAAAGCAAACCCUGCGUGUGAAACUCAGCUACAAAAUUCCUUAGAGCAUCAUGAAAAUAAUACGCUUGACAAAGCAAUAGAAAGAAAUCCUAUUGUUAUAACAGAACAGGCAUCGGAAAACAAGGAAGAAAAUCGACCAAGAGAUCGAGAGGAAAGACCACUAGUUUUGGAAGAAAGACACUCGCUUUCAAUAGCGGAGACAAAAAAACGUCGCGCCAGUGUUUAUUGUGACGAUAAUCUGUUUAUCCCUCGGGAAUUGGCUCGCAGUGAGCUGCAUCAGCGAAGAUUUCCCACAACCGUAAAUAACUUGGAUCGAAUCAGCAAACACAGUGACUACCGCUUACGAAUGCUAAAGUUUCCAGUUGGAUCAGGCCGAGCUCGUUUUGUGGCGCAGCAAUUGAAGAGGAGAAAGUUAAGGGAGCAGAGAAUGAAGACUGAGGAGAAAAGAAAGCUGCUUGAAGACAAAAAAUCACAAAUGAAAGCGGAAACCCAAUUAAUGCCUAAUUUGAAUCAAGAGAAAUUGCCCAGCGAUGAAGAGUGUUGCAUUAUUCUGGAGGAAAUCGUUGUGUCAGAGACCGAAGAGGAUGGCACCGAUGAGCUAAUAGAGCGCGUGUCAAAACGUCAAUUGAAGCGAUCCUCCAGCUUGGACUUAAGUCGUAGCAGUGCCGAGGAGCUGCUGGCGGAUAAACAGGAUCAGCAACAAUUGCCGCUCUUCCGUUGGCACAAUCCGGACUGCAGCGAUAACAGCCGAAAGAUGGGAAUCCUGGAGGAUAUUAGUCUGUCUGCUAGCGUUGAUAUUCAAGUGGGCUACAGCGAAAUGCCCAACACAUCAAGUGAGACAGCUUCUCAGCAACAACCACAGCAACAUCAACAAGUGAUUGUGGAAGUGGUGUCUGCUGAAUUGCAGCCACAGCAGCAGCCAUCGCCUCGUCCAUGUGCCGAGGUCGUUGAGCAAUCACAGCAAGUAGUAGAAGUACAGCACAUGGAGGUACAACGUCAGCAAGAGCAACAGCGGCUACAGCAGCAACCCCAACAGCAGCAGCAUCCUCAACAACAAUAUCAGCCACAUAUUGCUGCUGAAGCAAAUCGACUGCCAGCAGCAACAACAGCCAAUUCACGCGAUAUGGAGCCACUUCGUCAGCAACUUAUGCAUCGCAUCAUCUUGCCACAACUACAAACUGAAGACUUGCCGGAAUCUAGCAUCGUUAACAAUAAUGCUGUUAGUCUAAUGAAUCAAAAUCUGCAGCCACAUUUUAUAGAUAGUUCGAUGGGUGACAGUGAAUGGACGCAGUUGCAGUACGAUAAAUAUGCACUUGUUCUGAGUUCUCAACAUCAGCAACAACAACAGCAGCAGCAACAUCAACAACAGCAGCAGCAAAAUCAACAACAUCAACAACAGCAACAGCGACAGCAACAAUUAGUUCCUUUGUGGCAGCAACAGCAGCCAUCGUAUCAAAUGUCCCAUCAAGAGCAUCAACAUUUGGAGGCGGGACAAGAAGAGUUGCAGCAAUUGAAUGCACAAUAUCAGCGCUUAAAGUGCCAGGAGGAGGAGAAAUUAAAGUGUUUAAAUAAUACACUCAAAGAAGUCUAUGCGGAUCGAUUGCUAAGCGAGCGGCAACACGCCGAUUUACAUCGUUUGUUUAUGCACAAAAUGGUGGAGAGUAAAAAACAUGAGGAUAGUUUGCAUGCUCAAAGGGAUCAACUGAAGAGACAGCUAAAAGAGGACUUAGACAGCCUAGAACAGCGCAUUGCUGAGAAGCAACGACAGUUGCAAGAGCGCUCCAGAUCGUGGCAAUGGCAGCAGCAGCAGCAACAACAACAAUAUCAUCACCAUCAUCAACAUCCUCACCAACAGCAGCAUCAACAACAACGACAACUGCAGUAUCAGCAGCAGCAACAGCUUCAGCUCACUUAUAGUCAGCAGCAACACCAACAUCAGCAGCAGCAGCAACAUCAAUAUUAUUUGCGUCAGCUGCAACCUCCUCCGUAUCAACCACGUUUGCAGUGCUUUCAGGAUGCCUUCUCGCAAUACGCCGAGUCACAGCUGGUAGAUUCCAAUAACACACUAAUGCCACCGCCACCGCCGCCACCAGUGACGACAACAACACUAGCAUCACUGCGACCAACGCCAAUGCAACCACCACCACCACCAGUUGCAUAUCGCACUGACAUUAGGCAACAACCUGCGCGCAGUGGGCGCAUGAUGAGACGUCGCCACACCAUCGAUCAUAGAGCCAAUAAUAUGAUGUUAUAUCCACCAUAUGCAACACCAGCUGCUCCACCAAGAGACGCGCUUCGCCGGACAAAUGUUACAGCAGCAACUGCAGCACACUUUUCGCGACCUGACACAUCUACAACAGUUGCCAACGAGAGAAACCAUGUGAAUCAGGCAAUUGAACAAACUGCAAUUACGUCCAUCAUCAGCAAUUAUGUCACAAACUAUUUAAAUGACAUGGAAUCAAGAAAUCCAUAAAAUGUAUUAUAUUAUGCAUUGUA